AUGGCGCCAGCAGCAAAGACUGCAAAUAAUAAUAAACCAUCAAAAAAGUCAACAAAAAAACGUAUAAUUCUUAUACCUGUUUCUGAAGAAAAUAAUGUUGAUGAUACUAUCAAUGAAAAUAUUAUGGAACAUGCACCAGCGUCAUCUUCGUCUUUGAAUAAAUCAAUUCCACCUGCAGCAUCAGAUACAUCAUAUUCUAAUCCUUUGUUAUCAACAUCAACUGAAAUAUCUAAUAAUAAUAACGAUAAUUUACAAGAUACUUCUGUACGAAAAGAAUCAUCGGUAUGGCACUUUGCUAUACGUCAUGAGAAUAAUCAUACAACAAAGUGCAAACUUUGUAAUAUUAUAAUCAAAACAACAAAUUGGUCAACAACCGGUUUGAGAAAACAUCUAGCACAAGUUCAUAAACUUCCGGCAUUCGAACCUGCUUUAUCAACAGAAAAACCAAAAAUAUUCAAUUCUUUAAAAAAAGAAUUGCACGAUUUAGUUAUUAAUUCAAUUAUUCAAGAUGGAAGAUCGUUCAAGGAUUUUCAUCGUCCCGGAAUGCUAAACUUUUUAAAAAAGGCUAUACCUGGAUUCAAAUAUGAUGUAUCUGAUGCUGCAGGUGGAAUUGAUUUAUUCAAAGACGAAGAUGACGCUGGUGCAUGUUCCAUAAUAUUUUCAUUGAAAGUUUCAUCGACAUUAUUUUCUUCAGAAACAGGUAUAAGAAUUAUACGUUUUUUUGUUGACUUUUUUGAUGGUUUAUUAUUAUUUGCAGUCUUUGCUGCUGGUGCCAUUUAA